AUGAAAACGAGAAGCAGCACACGAAGACAACAACAGCAAGCGGAAGCUCUUGCGAGGAUGGAACACCACAUGUCAUCGUCUCAUCAUCAUGAUGGCGAAGAAAAUCAAGAAGUUUUUAAUAAGGAUAUUAAUGAAAAACCAAUCAAAAGAGAUGAUCCCAAUAAGCAUAAGGAGAAAGAGGAUCAAUUAAAAUUUCCGGAAAGUGAUCAAGUAUCAUCAUCCAGUAAUGAUCAUCAUCCUAUUCAUCAUCAAACAACUCACAAAUUAAAAAAGAAUGAUGAUGAAACAAUUCCGAAUGGAAAACAAAUACAAAUGUUCAAACAAAGUUGCUUUCUUUUUGACACAUUACUCAAGCAAAUACUUGUCGAGUUGAGUAUUUCAUUGGUCGGAGAACAACGAAGAAAAGUCUAUUUUCUUCAAAAUUUAAAUCAAAUGAAUGGAAACAAUAAGAAAGAACAUCGUUCCUACUCCAUUGAAGAUGGAGUGGAGGUAUUUCCUCAUAUAUCGGCUUCUCAAUUACCUCUCGAAAAAACUCAUGUGGUGUGUGAUCAUUGUAAAAGAUCCAUUGCGAAUGAGGUCUAUGCACCUCAUCUUGAAAGAUGUAUGAAUGUAAGAAAUAGUAGAAGAAAUGGAGGAAGAAAUAGAACAGUUGUGGAUUAUUCGGAGGAUACGUAUUUGGAUUUUGAUGAGGAAGAUAUCAAUGCUGAACCUCGAACAAUGCAGGCAGAGGCGGAUAUCACCAAUAAUAAUGAUGACCAGACAUUGAAUGAAAAUGUGUUCGAAGAUACAAAACCAACAACAUCUCGACCAAAGAGCAAGUCAAAAAAAAAGACAAAACCAAAAAAGAAACGAGGAGUACAAACAAGUGAUGACGACGAAGACUAUGUGGAAGAAUUUGUGGAGCCCUCCUCUGAAGAAUUUGAAGAUGAUCACAGUUUUUCAAGUACUCAAAGUGAGCGAGGUGGAACCGGCAAAAGAAAGGUCACACGAUCAAAGAAAGCAGCAACCUCUAAUGCUGCAUCGACCAGCAGUGACAACACAAAGAAACGAAAAACAUCAAACAAAAAGAAGGCACCAAAAGCUCAAUCCUCUAAAAAAACAAAUAUACCAUCCUCAGACGAAGAGUUCAUGAACAUGACGCCAUCAAGUACCAGCUCAUCAGAAGAGGACGCUACGAACACUAAACAACAGGCAGAGGUUGGGAACAAUAACGAGGAAGAUGCUCAAUCUGUUUCAAGCUCUGAAAAGCUCUUAAACUUUAUUGAUUCAUCAUCGAGCUCACAAAAAUCAACAACGAGUGAUUAA